UCCUCUUUGGAUAGGUUUCUUAUGGUGUGGAAACUGAAGGCACAAUGCAGAGCUUACAAAUUUGUAGGCCAUGCAGAAGCAGUGACCAGCGUACAGUACUCACCAGAUGGGCAGCUACUUGCUUCAGCUUCUCGGGAUCGUACUGUCAGACUAUGGAUUCCUUGCAUUCAUGGCGAAUCAUCGGUACUGAAAGGUCAUAUAGCAUCUGUUCGUAGCGUGAGCUUCUCUCAUGAUGGCCACUUUCUAGUUUCAGCAUCCAAUGAUAAAUCAAUAAAAAUAUGGAGUGUUCGCCAUCCAUGCCUUUUGUUUUCCCUAUUCCAACACACUCGCUGGGUAUGCCAUGCCAAAUUUUCACCUGAUGGAAGAUUAAUAGUAUCUUGCAGUGAGGAUAAAUCUGUUAAGAUCUGGGAUACAAGAAAUAAAACUUGUAUUGAGAGCCUCUUAGAUUAUGAAGGAUUUGCAAAUUUUGUGGAUUUCAACCCAAGUGGUACGUGUAUAGCUUCUGCAGGUUCCAAUCAUACGGUGAGACUGUGGGAUAUUCGAAUGAACAAGCUACUGCAGCAUUACAAAGUUCACAGAGCAGGAGUUAACUGUGUAUCAUUCCAUCCUUCUGGUAAUUAUCUCAUCACUGCUUCUGAUGAUGGUACCCUUAAGAUUUUGGACCUGUUAGAGGGAAGACUUAUUUACACUCUUCAUGGGCACAAGGGACCUGUACUUUCUGUGGCUUUUUCAAAAAAAGGGGAAAAAUUUGCCUCAGGUGGAGCAGACGCUCAGGUAUUACUAUGGAAAACCAACUUUGAUUCAUUUGAUUAUAAAGAAGUUCUUAAACACCAUAUUAGAAGAACAAAUCUUGAUGAUCCUCCUCAUCUUCUUGAUAUUUACCCAAGGUCACCUCAUCUCCAUGGUGAAAAAAUACAGUCAGUUGAGGUAAGUGCAAUAAGUACUCAAAUACAGGAAACCAGAAGCUUUU